GUUAAAAUCAUGGACCAGUCCAUAGCAAUUCAGGAAACGCUGGAAGAGGGAGAAAACUGCAUUGCUGUAUCCUUUGCAUUAUUACUUAUAACAUUCUUACAUUCAAUUAAAAGAGCAGGAAAUAAUAACUUCUAAAGUAAACACAUUCUGCUGAUCAGUUUGAAAAUGAAACCCUUUUGGAGGCUGUGUGAGGAUGACUCCUAUCAGUGUAUUGAUCAGUGCCACUCACCUGUAGGAUCAUAAAUUGAAAUAAUUUAGUUUGGAUUAACCUAAAAUAGAUUAUCCUAUAAACCACUUCUGGAAACAGCCUUGAUUUGAAAAAUAUAUUAGUGCACUGAAAUGAAUUGUAAAACUAAAUAAGUGGCAUAUUUUAACUUAUUAACUUAAAUAAAUAAAUGUGUGUUAGUACUGCUACUCAAGGUAUUAUAUGUUUAUUCUUCAGUUGACACACAGUUGGUGGGAUAUCCUGUUAAAUGUAGUUUAAAUGCCAGUCAGAAAUAAUAUACAGUCGACAGUCACAAGUUCAACAGGUAAAAUACAUUAUGUAGCUUAUUGAAGAUAGGAACACAAAAAAAACCCAUAUGUUUCAGCACAAUGAUAUGAUUAAGGCUAUUGGGCCAAAACGUAUGGUUUUUGUACUGGAUACUAUAACUUGGAGGUUGUGAGCCUAACCAUGGAGAACCAGGUAGUUCAUUGAGUUCUUCCCUUAUUCCCCAGGAAUGCCACACCACCAUAUGUAUUUUGGCCAGUCAUAAAUAUUUAUGGCACAGCAGUUGCAACCUGCCUGACUCGAAAAGUCAGUUGCCCAUCUAUUUUAUUUUGCACUUGCCAUCAUUGCUACAAAAAUGUAAAACAUCUUCCAAAUCUAAUGUUUAAUUUGAAAGCAAAGAUUUCACACGUAUAAAUUGAUGCAAACAAAACCUGAAUGCAUGCAAUGGAAAUGAGAGCAUUCUAGAAAAUGUUGUUUCAGCCUUGAAUAAAUUAAAGCAAUGUAAAUGUUUAUUCAAUUUAUGCACAUAGUUAGAACACAGCUGGUAAAUUGAACAUCUUUUUUGCAUGUGUUAAUAUUACUAAAUUUCUAAAUAUAUUAGCAAACAUUAAAUAUUGCAGUUGAAGUUUAAAUGUAGACUAUUCUCUUUAACUGAAAUAUCUAUGCUGUGCAAGGAAUCUUGGUCACACCUCACAGCAAUGAGAGUCGACUUGUGGGUCUGGUGGAGAGCAAUAAGACAGCAGCGUAAGUAUGGGCAACUAUUAUUUUGCAAAAGAAUAAAUAUAUGUUUAUUCAUUAUAUAUAUAUAUAUAUAUAUAUAUAUAUAUAUUUGUGUUAAGGGCUCAUGAUAGUACAGAAGAUACAAACACUGAUAAGUAUGGGAUAGUGUGAAAGAGCAAGUCGGUUGUGGUGUGCCGGAACCGAUGAUGAGGUAGGCCUGUAAAUAAAGAGGGCCCACCAAUAAGAAAUGUAUGAGAAAAAGGAGUUCAUAAAAAGGAGUGGGUGGGAGGGUGAUGCAGCGCUGACCUCGAACGGUAUGGAGCCAGGUAAGGGGUGUCCCUUAAGUAGGGAGAAGGUGAGUCAUACGCCCCUCCCACAAUUACAGGCCAAAAGGCCUUAAUACUUGUGUUAAGGGCUCAUGAUAGUACAGAAGAUACAAACACUGAUAAGUAUGGGAUAGUGUGAAAGAGCAAGUCGGUUGUGGUGUGCCGGAACCGACGAUGAGGUAGGCCUGUAAAUAAAGAGGGCAAAAAGUAGAAAAUAUACUUUAUUACGAAACGAGCAGUAUACAUACUUCAACCAGACAUAUCUUGAAAGGCAUUUCUAACUUCUUGUACCGGGUUAGGUAUGUAUCUAGAGUAUGCAGAAGACUUCCAGCGCCCUAGUGACUUGAUAACAUGUACUGGAAUGUUUGCACUGGAUGCUGUGGAGGCCGCCCCUAUGCGGAAGGAGUGGCCCGAAUAGUUAGCUGAUUUUAGUCCUAGUUGUGUAAGUAGGGACCUGACGUGGGUCAUGAAGGUGGUGGUAGUGAGUACCGAACCUUGUAGACAGAAAAGUGGUUGAGAUGGUGAUGCUUUGAAAUGCUGAGUAUAGGUGUCCAGUAAUGUGACGGGGCACCACACGUUGUGGGUAGGAUAGUAUCUAACCUCUACCGGGGGUGCGUGUUGAUUGGUUUUGGAGUGAUGCAGAGUUAAAAUAUAGUAAUCCAUGUGUUUCGUUAAGUGUGAAUGAAGCAGAAUGUGAGUGGACUGGGAUGUGUUGAUGGCGGUAAAUUCUCUUGGUCUCAAGAAACCAUAAAAAGCGACGUAUAUGGCGGUUUUAUAACAAGGUUUGUGUUGUUCGCAAAGGGUUUUGAAUCUAGUAGGCUGGAUAAAUCCUUGAAGAUAUUGAAGUCUAUAGGUAGCCUUUGCGCGGUACGUGGGGGUUCGGAUCUCUGGAUACCUCUAAGGAUGUUUUUGAUCUGGUAGGAGGACAUGAAACUUGUGUUGUUUGGUUGUAAUGUUAGCAUGUGAUGUUGUAUGCCUGUCAGAUAUAGCUUGAUUGUGUUGUAAGAUAAUUUAAGUUUGAGGUGGCAAAAAGAAGCAAAACCUAACAAAGAUGUCAUGAUGAAAGGUUGUGUGACGUUGUGCAGUGACAGGAAUCUUUUAAAUAGAAGGAAAGCCCUGUCAUAUGUUCUCCGGGUAUUGGUGGACAGUGCUAAUUGUGCCAAUGUCCUGCUAUGUUGCAUAAUAGCUUCUAGUCCAUGACUAGCUGGUGGAAAGGUGGAGUGGUCGUGGCUGUACGUGCGGCUGACGGAAGUAUUUGCCGAAAAGCCUGAAAAUUGAAACGAGACAAAUUGUCAGCAGCCGUGUUACAAACACCUGGGACAUGGACACAAAACAAGAAGAAGUUAUGGCAUGCAGCCAGCCAGGUGAGUUUCCUCAAGAACCUCAUAAUGGUCAGUGACUUGGAUCGGCCUUUGUUUAUGAUGUGGCAGGUAGCUUGGUUGUCUGAGUGGCAACGUACUGACGAACCUGCCCAUAGAUGCCCCCAUGUCAUGGCAGCUGCCACAAUGGGAUACAUCUCAAAUAGAGCUGAGGUAGUGGAAAACCCUUCCAGGUCCUGUACCUCUGGAGGCCAGCUACCCCAAAGCCAUUCAUUCCCGUAAAUUGCUGCAAAACCUGUGGUAGACGCCGCGUCUGACCAGAUGGUAGGUGAGGAGUCAGACAAUUUAGGGAGAAACAUGCUUUUCCCAUUCCAGGUGGUCAAAAAGUUUCUCCACAUAAGUAGGUCUGCCGUGGCUUGGGUAUCCAGUGGUAACCUGUGUGCAUCAUGUCUAAACAGUGGGAACAUGGUUAGGAGCCGUGAGAUGAAAGCCCGGCCUUGAGGUAUAAUGCGCAUGGCAAAGUUCAGUGACCCAAGUAGAGACUGCAAUUCUUUGCGAUUGCAAGUACCGAGGUGUAUGUAGAGGUUAAUGUUGGUGAGAAUGUUCUCUAUCUUGGUGCGUGGCAGGCUGGCUUGCAUGGUGGCUGAGUCUAGCAUGAUUCCCAGAAAGGUGAUGACUGUAUCUGGUCCUUCAGUUUUGGUGGGGGAGACUGGAACACCCACCUGUUUGAAAAAGACUGAUGGUUGCUAUGAGGCUACUGGGAGGGGAAGUGUUCUCUUCGAUCAGUAAGAAAUCAUCCAGGUAGUGUAUAACUGUAGGGCAUCUGGCUACAUUUAAUAAUAACCAGCAUAAUGUUUCGGCGAAAAUGUCGAAAAUGGCCGGACUACUUUUUGAACCAAACGUUAAGCGUGAGAAAAAGUAGUAGUGCCCGGCCCACUUAAUGCCAUGCAGGUGCCAUAGUGUAGGGUGGAUAGGCAAUAAUUUGAAGGCAUUUGUAAUGUCAGUCUUGCUGAGCCAUGCUCCGACCCCUGCCAGCAUGAUAGCUGUAAUGGCAUGAUCUAUGGUGAAGUAUUGAAGUGAAAAUUCCUCAGAGGGGAUAAGGGAGUUCAGACUAGGUGAGGCAGAGGUGUGAGGUGCAGACAGAUCGAUGAUAAGUCUUUGUUUGUGGGAAGAUUUCCCUGUGACAAUACCGAUGGGGUUUGUCCGCCAUGUGGAAAAGGAGAGGACUGAAAGGGUCCCAAUAGGAAGCCCUCUGCCACUUCUUUGGCUAUGAGUGUGCUAACCGCUGUAGGGUUUUGUUGUGCAGAUUGUAAAUUAGGACAUUCAAGGAUUCCUGAAGGCAUGUGUAUGAGACCAGUAUGGAAUCCUUGUGAUAGACCAGUGAUGAUGAAGUCUACCAAAUGUCUAGAUGGAUGUCGUGACAGUAAUGCCGUGAGUACAGAAAUAUUUAUCUCAGUUAAGUAUUGCUUAGGGUACAUUUUAUUUGGACACAUGGUUUUCGCAUGUGCCCUAAAACAUUUUGAACAUAUAUGCAAUAACCGACAACCGCUGUAAUUACAUGCACCGACAUUGAAAUUAUUACAUAUUUGGGACUUCCCCAAAAACUUGAUAGGUCGACCCAGUUUGUCUUUAGGUGUUCUCUCUGCUGACACAGCGGAGCUAGUGCCCUGCGAGGUGGUAGGUUCGUUCGCAGUGGUCGGACAAAAAUUGGCAGUAUGAGCCAUGGAGGAGCAGUGUGCACAGGCCGGUGCUCUUAGACCUGCAAAGUGCCUGCAAAAAUGAUCGUAUCAAUCUUACUCCAGUUGGACCUUGUCCCGUACUGUGAGAAGGCGCCAGACACUUUGGCAGAAAAAGAUCUAUGGUAGUCAUAGAAAGCUGACCCACCAUAUUUGUUGCCCAGAUCAACCAGCCUGUGCAUAUAUAAGUCAAACUCCUCACGUCUGUGGGGAUAUACCGUACAGACCACAUCCCGAUAAAUGCCAAAAGCUAAUACAAAUUCAGGAAUGGUUAGUUUCCUAUUUAAUCGUGCAUCCCUGGAUUUGACCACCACAGAAAUAUCAUCGUAAGCGUAGGUCUUAUGUUCCACUAUAUCCUGGGAGGCAAUUAGUAGUGAGGCCAGAUUGACAUCUUUACCUUCCAGGAUAUCUCUCCUGAGGUGCUCAGGAAUCAUGUGGGCAGGGUAAACUUCUUGGUCAUCCGAGGUGAUAGCUGGAGAAACUGAUUGCGACUCCACCACUGAUGGGGGAAUUGCUGUGGCCGGUCCAGCCAUAGUGAGGGCUGUAGUGACCGAUUCAAGUUUCUCCAGCCUAGAAUUGACCUUGCUCAUGGAUGUCAUGAGGGACGUGAGCAUGUCAUGUAUGUUCCCUGGGUGGGACUGGCUCGACCCUUCCCCAGCGUCCAUGUUAUCAGUUGAGGUGUGUAAUAAUUUGUAAAGUUCCGCUUUCCUUGCUGUUGCUGGAAAAGGGAUUUGUAGUCUCCUGAGUUCGCUAGUGAUACGAGGGAUAGUCCAUGAUCUGAAAGAUGCUGGACUAGCCGUAUCUUCCUCCUGUGAUGGGGUGUUGGUUCUAGCCGGAGUCCUUGGGAUGGAGAAAUCCUCUACCCCUUCUUGAGACAUACUAGAUUACAAAAGUAUAUGGUUAGCAUAAAACCCCCCGAGGGGAUGUACUGGCAGGCUAAUUAUGCCGGAUAGGCGAAAAAUUAAAACUUGUUCUUUGGUGACAGGUGAGGCCCUGCUAGUUGCCAAGUGGCUAUGAGAGGCUCUAUCUAUGCGUUGGCGCGAGGGGUUAUUGAGGCCACCCGACGUAGUGGCAGGAAUUCGUAGGCCUCUCGGUGACAAUACAAGAAAACAGGGGAAGGGAGUGACAGGUGGCACCCUCUCUAUAAUGCGAGGCGGCUAACUCACGUGUGGCCCGGGGGGCAUUACCUCCGAAACGUUGAGGCGGGGUGUUGGCCUCGCGGACCACUAAACGAUAGGCAGAAUGCCGGGAGGGGGGAUACCUAUUUGGGCCUAUAACCCCUAAAAUUGCCAGUACUCUAUGUCCUAAGUAGAGGAGGAACCAUAUGUGAUGUAUGGCGUGAGCAGGCUUAACGUACCUGGUAGUAUGUAUGCGUUUGAUAAGCGAUAGGUAGAGAAAAACUGGAAAAAUCCUAAAGGGAUAGAAAACCAAAUAUGAUAGUGUGAGAAUUGGAUCCUAUGAUACCAAUUUAGACUAGUUAUAUGUGAUGAGUUCUAGUAGUACAUAUGGAAAGGGAAUACAUGAAUGAUAUUGGCCCGACUGGCCCUGUAUGUGGUAUGGUAAUCAUGCUUGGGGGUGUGUAUGAUAUGUCUCUGGUGACCAGAUUAAUGCGUAUGAUAUAGUAAUGCUAGUGUUUGUGGUAUAAUAAGGUGCAGGAUUUAAAACAAUACCGUAUAUGUUAGGCCGUAAACGUAAGCCAUGAAAAGAGGUAAGUACGAGGUACAGAAAUAUUUGAGAAGUUAUCCCAAAAUUGGAAACAACGUGACGUAUGAGUGGUUGAAUCAAGACGUGUGAUUCAACCCGAGAGUUUGUGAGAUUUGUGAGACCGUGUUCUUGUGUACUUGGUAUGUCGUUUGAGUACACAAAGAAAAAGUCAGAAUAUAUAAGUGCCAUGUAAGAAACGUGAGUACAUGGUAUGAUAGAAACGUAAUUUCUAAACAUAAUUUAUAACGUAAAUCCUACAAGCGACAUCUGUAAAAUGUAAAGGCUUGUCUAAGCUUAACUCCAUAAAUAUAUGUAUAUAACAUGAAGAAUUUCAAUAAAACUUUAAUAAUGCCAUAUCUGCUAAGAUUAAACCAUAACCUAAAUAAAUACUUAUUCAUAAGUAGUUAACAGGGGUAUUGCCCCAGUCAUAUGCAAGGAUUUCGUAAUUUGCAUAAGCUAAAUAACAGUAAAUGACAUGAAACCAAUUAUAGCUGAUGAUAUGCAGAACGAAUUUGCUUAAUACAAAGAAAAACCGAAACCGAUAUGCCUGCCGGCAGCAAAGGGGUUAAUAUGCCUGUGACUUGGCCGUAAAGCGUGUGGCCGUAAAGUAAGGCCGUUUUAAAUCGCGACGCCGUGGGAAAUGAUCCGGGCGACGGACUUACGAUUUUGAAGUCCUGUGGACUUAAUCUGCGACGAAAACACCGGGUAUGUGCGUGGCUGAACGGGCGGAAAACCUGUAAGGAUUCCUGGACACAGCUACACCAAACGAAAACCGCGGGUUUUGAAAAGCAAGAUGGCGCCGUACGUGAACCGGAAGUGGAUUCUCGAUGCAGCGCUGACCUCGAACGGUAUGGAGCCAGGUAAGGGGUGUCCCUUAAGUAGGGAGAAGGUGAGUCAUACGCCCCUCCCACAAUUACAGGCCAAAAGGCCUUAAUACAUAUAUAUAUAUAUAUAGCCUUCCAAUGUCUCAGUUUUCAUCUUCAACACACCUCAUUUACUUUUGAAGUUAAUCAUUGGCUUCAUAUGAAGUUCUAGAGAGAUUGCUCUGCAGAGUUGGAGAGAUUGGACUGCCCUUUUGAGUGGUCACUCAAUGGACCCAGCAGCAGGAUGUCUAUGUCACAUUCUUGAUAGUGAUGUCACGAACAUAAAAUUUUCGUUUCGCGAACGGCGAACGCGAACUUCCACAAAUGUUCGCGAACCGGCGAACCGGGCGAACCGCCAUAGACUUCAAUAGGCAGGCGAAUUUUAAAACCCACAGGGACUCUUUCUGGCCACAAUAGUGAAGGAAAAGUUGUUUCAAGGGGACUAACACCUGGACUGUGGCAUACCGGAGGGGGAUCCAUGGCAAAACUCCCAUGGAAAAUUACAUAGUUGAUGCAGAGUCUGGUUUUAAUCCAUAAAGGGCAUAAAUCACCUAACAUUCCUAAAUUGUUUGGAAUAACUUGCUUUAAAACAUCAGGUAUGAUGUUGUAUCGAUCAGGUAGUGUAAGGGUUACACCCGCUUCACAGUGACAGACCAAACUCCCCGUUUAACGCACCGCAAACAACCGCAAACAGUCCAUUUGCACAACCGCAAACUCCCCAUUUGCACAAGGUUGGAUACCAAACUAGCCAUGUCCCAUUCCUUGUCCUCACUGAUGUCAUUGAAGGUCUCUUCCUCCACCCAGCCACGUACAACACCAAGGGUCCUCAAAAGGUGACAACAAGCCCCUUGGGAUUCCUUGCUCAGUUUGGUCUUCCACCUCCUCAAAGCCACCUUCCUCAUCUGACUCCUCUUCUUCAGACUCCUCUCUCUGCGUUGCCUCUCUCUGCGUUAUUAUAAGGUGUGUUAAGUAGUACUAUUCCUAUCAGUUUAAUCCCUGUUACGACGUGUAUAUGGCAUCGAUUUUAGGAACCAGGAGAUGGAAAAAGAUGCUUGGUCAGUCCUCCUACUUCAAAUUUGAGGCACUGCACGUGCAAUCUAAUGUGCCACCGGAUAGGAGUGGUGUGUUAAGUAGUACUAUCCUUAUCAGUUUAAUCCCUGUUACGUCCCCUAUCACGGGACGGGUAUACGGCAUCGAUUUUAGGAACCGGGAGAUGGAAAAAGAUGCUUGGUCGGUCCUCCUUCUUCAAAUUUGGGGCACUGCGCGUGCAAUCUAAUGUGCCACCAGAUAGGAGUGGUGUGUUAAGUAGUACUAUUCUUAUUAGUUUAAUCCCAAUGUCACGACUACUAGUGUGGUCCAGCACGCAGAAACUAUGUAAACAUAUACAUAGGCAAGAAAAGGAAAAUAAAAGGACAGAGCGUAAACCGGAGCGUAAAACGGACUAAUACGCUAGAGACAGAGAAUAGUCAAAGGGAAAGCCGAGGUCAAGGAAGCCAGAAAAUACACAAUAGCAUUUACACAAGCCAAGUCAGGGAAACCAGAAUUCAGAAUAACCAGGGAAAAGCCAAGAUCAGGAUACUAGGAAAUCAGAUUCACAAUGAUAAAGCACUCUCAGGAAACCAGGAACAGGAAACCACGACAGGGCAAGGUACUGGGGUGAGCUAGGGAUUUCAAUAUCACGCGGCGGGCCGGCAGCCGCGACACCCUGUUAUGUCCCCCACAUCAGGCCUUUUCUAGUCGAAUGUAUCGCCCACUGUCGGUCCCUUCGGGAUCCAUCCCUCAUUCAUCUUAAUAAAAGUGAGGUAAUCUAGACUUUUUUGACCUAGGCGACUUCUCUUCUCAGUGACAAUACCUCCUGCUGCACUGAAGGUCCUUUCUGACAGGACACUUGAAGCGGGGCAGGCCAUAAGUUCUAUCGCAAAUUGGGAUAGCUCAGGUCACAGGUCAAGCCUGCACACACAGUAGUCAAGGGGUUCAUCGCUCCUCAGAGUGUCGAUAUCUGCAGUUAAGGCGAGGUAGUCUGCUACGGUCGAGUCGUUCUCUGAGGUUUGUUUUUUUCAAAUGCAAGCUAUUGGGACACCAGUGAGUGAGUGGUGGCAAUGGGCAAGCCCUGAAACGCACACUCGUGAAGGAAACUGACUGCUAUUAUAUUACAGUCCAAAAAGGUUUUUUUUUUUUUUUUUAAAUGCAAGCUAUUGGGACACCAGUGAGUGAGUGGUGGCACUGGGCAGGCCCUGAAACGCACACUCGUGAAGGAAACUGACUGCUAUUAUAUUACAGUCCAAAAAGUUUUGUUUUUUUAAAUGCAAGCUAUUGGGACACCAGUGAGUGAGUGGUGGCACUGGGCAGGCCCUGAAACGCACACUCGUGAAGGAAACUGACUGCUAUUAUAUUACAGUCCAAAAAGUUUUGUUUUUUUUAAAUGCAAACUAUUGGGACACCAGUGAGUGAGUGGUGGCACUGGGCAGGCCCUGAAACGCACACUUGUGAAGGAAACUGACUGCUAUUAUAUUACAGUCCAAAAAGUUUUGUUUUUUUUAAAUGCAAGCUAUUGGGACACCAGUGAGUGAGUGGUGGCACUGGGCAGGCCCUGAAACGCACACUCGUGAAGGAAACUGACUGCUAUUAUAUUACAGUCCAAAAAGUUUUGGUUUUUUUAAAUGCAAGCUAUUAAGACACCAGUGAGUGAGUGGUGGCGCUGGGCAAGUGGGCACAGUAUAUGCUGUGAGCCUGACACACUGGCUGGCAGGCAACUGCAAUUACAUUACACAGAAAAAAAAAAGCAGACUGAUGUUCUAGCCCUAAAAAGGGCUUUUUGGGGUGCUGUCCUUACAGCAGAGAUCAGAUGAGUCCUUCAGGACUGUAGUGAACACUGAAUACACUAGCCUAGCUAUCAAUUUCCCUAUCAAAUCAGCAGCAGCUACACUGUCCCUCCUCUCACUAAGAAUGCAGCUUCACAAGGAAUGUAAAAUGGAUGCUGUCCAGGAGGUGGAAGGGUCUGGGAGGGAGGGUCUGCUGCUGAUUGGCUGGAAUGUGUCUGCUGACUGUGAGGUACAGGGUCAAAGAUUACUCAAUGAUGACGAAUAGGGGGCAGACCGAACAGCGCAUAUGUUCGCCAUCCGUGGCGAACGCGAACAAGCGAUGUUCGCCAGGAACUAUUCACCAGCGAACAGUUUGGGACAUCACUAAUUCUUGACUAUAUCAUAGACAAUAUAUAUGCAAAUACUAUACUCUUUACUAUCUAAAUACUUUUGCUGAAAAUUUAGAUUUAGAUAUAAUGAUAUUCAAACUUGGCAUGAAUUUGUAGGCCACUGUGAUUAUGAUGACAUCGCACUAUGACGUUACAUUGUGUUAAAGAAGGAAUGAAGGUUAAGAGUAAAGUUAAUAAAUCAAAUUUAAACUGUCAAAUAUGCACUCAAUGAAACUUAAUUUAGAGUAGAAGAUGAGAGCCUGAUGCCAGAACCACAGUACCACAGGAGAACCACAAACAAGAGAAGGUUUCAAAUAUGCCAUGGCUUUCACUGGUGACUAUUCAGGAUCAGUAUAUACUUCUCAUAAAGCAAAAGUGAUGCAGUGUUAACCACUAUGAAAAAAAUUAAUUGCUGUUAUACAGAAAAAUAAAAUAUAUCAGAUGUGACAAUGGUAUUGAGUUCAUGACUGAGAGUUUUAGGUCACUACUAAACAAACAAGGUAUUACACAUGAGACCCUAGCACCUUAUUCAUGCCAUUAAAAUGCAGCACUAUUUGAUAUGACUAGAUGUCUGCUGUUCCAAAGCAAAUUAACAGAGGAGUUGUAGACACUAAUAAGUCUUGAAGGACUGCUGCUUGGAUCCAAAACCAGUGUUUUCACAAUCGUAUAAAAUAAAUAUAUUAUCCAUAUUAUCUGUAAAGAGGGAAAAUCUAUAACCUUUCAAAAUGAUUUUUGGAUUAGAAAUGGAAUGUUUUACAUGUAAAUAUGAAAGAAAGAAAAAAAAAGUGAAUUUCAAAGUGGGAGAGAGGAAUCUUUGCAAAAACACUCCAUGCUAUCUAGUGUAUUAUGAUAAAGUUCUCAAACACAGAAUUGUGACAUUCAUUACAAAGAAAGCUAUUGAAAAGCAAACUCAAACUGAUCUAUUGCAUGAUGAAGAGGAUUCCCACAGAGAGAGUAAUAUGCUUUCUAUACCCUAAAAAAAAAAAAAAGAGACUCACACAUCAGAGAGGGAGGAAAAAUUGGCAAACCAAGAAUGAUCAAGGUACAUGGAGGUAAAUGGAGGCAUUGAUUUCAAUAGUAAACACCAUGCAUUAAAAAACACUGACUUUGCAAAAAAUACUAUUUAAAAAAAACAACUGAUUAUUGUUACAAGGUGUUUGAUGAACCACAAACUUUUAGAAGUGUCAUAAACUCACUUCAGUCACAACCCCAGCCUAGUGUUAUGAAAGAGGAAAUGGAUUAGCACGCUCACUUUGACCACUUUACCAGAAGGUAAAUGUUCAGUAGGGGUUUAAAGGAUGUAUGCAAUAAGAACAAAACUGAUGGAUCAGAUAAGAUGUGUUGCUAAAUAUUACAAUCUAGUAAAGGGAGAUAUUUAUGAAGAAAUACUCUAUACAACAGCUUAUUCACAGGCUGCAAUUGAAUGAGGAUAAUAUAUAGAAGAGUCAAAAUGUGUUUUUAGGUGAAGUUCAAGCAGAUUUAAUAACUAGCUCCCAAGUUAAACAAAGUACCACUUAAGUGAAAAGAAGUUUGAACAAAACCCAGAAGCCCACUGCAUCUACGUCAAAGAGUAUGAUAUGGAAGAGUAAAACUGAUAAUAUGGGUAGAUGAUCUGAUUAUACGUGCCAUCAGUAAGACAUUACUCAAGAUGGUAAAGAAAGUACAAACAACCAAAUUCAAGAUGACAGACCUUGGAAGAAUUAAACUUUUCUUAGUCAUUGGCUAUGAAUAAUGUGCUGAUCUAGCAAAGGUGAACAUAGAAAGUUCAAGGUCAAAGAUACUAGAGAAUUUCAACAUGGCAGAUUUCACACUAACAAAACAACUUUUAGUCACAGCUGAAAAUACUAUUGGCUAUGGGAUAUACUACAAGGAGGGUAACCAAGAGUUCAAGCUGGAACCAUACAGUGAUUGUUUUAGUCUCUGAUGUGACUGAUAAAAAAAAAGCAUGACCGGAUACUUAUAUAAUCUUACAGAGAAGAGUACACUGAUUGCAUGGAAGUCAAAGAAACAGUCUACAGUAGUAUUGUCCUCAUGUGUUCACGGUUUAGCUGUGAUCACACAAGAAUGUUGGUACCUGAUGCGGUUACUCAGGGGAAUAAAUAUUGUCGAUUUGAACCAGUACAAGCUUUUGGGGACCAUCAAGGAGCUACUUUUCUUCCAAGAAAUCCAGUUUACCAACAAACAUGCAAGCAUAUUGAUUUCAAAUACAACUUUAUUGGACCAGUGGGCAGUGAAGGUGCCAAGGUUGUUGAUUACUGUCCAGCUGACAGGUUAAUAGCACAUAUCAUGACUAAGCCAACAAAAUUUAAAACUAGAAAAAUUCUUGCAUUAUUUGUUUGGGAUGUAAAUCUUACUUAAAAUGUUUGUUCUGAGUACACAUCUGAGAGCAUUUGGGGUGUUGGGGAUGUGAUCUGAAGGUGCCCUUAAUGUGUUAAUUUUUCUGUGGUACAAUAAUGUUGCAUCCCUGCCUUUUUUUCUGUUGAUUGUUGACCAGUGAAAUGCUAAAGAUGUGUGUGGUGUGUUCCUUCUUUAUUGUGUGUACAUGCCCGACUAUCCUACCCUCAGAAUGCAUAUUGCAACAAUGUAUAAGUGCUAAUGUGUGGUUGCUUGAUAGUGUGCCUUUAUGUAGGUUGAUGAAUGUGGCAAGAAAUGUAUCCGUAACAUAUUCAUCCUUACCUUGUGCUGCUCAGCAGCUAUGUGCCAGUAUACCUGACUCUUGCAACAUGCUGGUGGACGCCGGCCGCUGCGGCUCCACGCCAUUUUAUAGCCCCACGUGGCAAUGACCACGUUAACGUGCGUGUGACAUCACGCAAAAGAAGCCCACGCACGUUCUGGGGUCAAAGGCCAGUUACAUUCAAUCUGAUCCGUAGGAGGCUUAUUUAAACACAUUUUUACUUCUUCUCAUUGCCCUGUCGUGAUUUCCCUUAGUAGGUUAUCCGAGAGUGUGUUCCUGAGCGUUUAUUUCUGGUUACUGAUUUUGGCUUCGUUUUAACUUCCCUGUAUUCUGGUAUCCUUGACUUUUGGCUUUCCCUCAUCGUUGUGUCUCCUUCUGUGUCCCUGACCUGGGCAAGUAUUCUGACUAUUCUCUGGUACGUUAAGUCCGGCCAUUCCAAGGACCUUUAGUCCUAAGUGUGAUAUAAUUCUGCGUGCUGGAUCUACUAGUAAUCCUGACAUUAUCUAGACGGAUAGUCACAAAAUAGUUUUGCACAGUCUUGCAAAUGGAAAAAGUAGCCCUACUGAAUUGUCUUUAGAAAAUGUAUUCGUUACAACACAAGGUUAGAUUUGGAAAUUUUCUUUGAAUUCUGUAAAUUAGUGUGUCAGGGAUCCAUGCCAAGAAUUUGAUUAAAGUGGCAGAAUUGCCAAUCUGUAGUUAUUUCUGUUACUUGCAUCUUUUGUAAUCUCGCUGUCACUGAGGAGUUGACGCUGUGUUGUUUUCUCAGAUUAUUCCUAUACACACAUAGAAGAAUGGCCAUCUGUGCGGAAGAUGUGUCUCUUGAUCAGAUUGUUCCACUGGUUCAAGGAAUAUCCAUCGAGGAAGGUAACUAUAUAACUAUACUGCAGUUUUUUUUUCUUCAUUGCAUUUUGGAUAGUGAAUUUGGAGAUAUCAAACCAACCAAAAAUGUUUCCAACAGAAUACUGACAUAGACAUGAUUUCUGUAUGUAUUUAGAACCAUUUAAAAAACUAAAAUAUAAAAUAAAAAUAAUAAUGAAACCGUUAAAAUACAGAACACCAAAAAUGUCACUGAAGAAAUCAUUUUUUUCUCAACACUAAAACUAGUUUGCCUUCUAGAACAUACUGUUUUGUAUAGAAAUCAACCCCACUAAAAUACUAUAGUGGUGGUAAUACCAGGAGCUAUCAUAAAAUUAGUGAAAACAGUAAAGACAAAAAACAAUAUAAAGAAAGCUUGUUUUGUUUUGUAUGUAUUGCCUUUAUCUUGUGUUUUUUUUUUUUUUACUAUCUGGCAUUUGUUUUAUACAUAUUCAGUAACAGUUGCAUUUUUGACUAAUUUCCUUUAAAGGAACACGAUAGUCACCAGAAUUAAUGUAGUCUUUUUUUUGUCUAUUGCCUGUCCCUGCAGGCUUUUCAAUGUAAAUGCUACCUUUUCAAAAGAAAAUGCAGUGUUUGCAUUACUGCCAAGUAACACCUCUAGUGGCAGUCACUCAGAUUGCCACUAGAGAUGCUUCCUAUCAGAUUGCCAAUAGUGGUGCUUCUUAUCUGAUUGCCAUUAGAGGUGCUCUACAUGGAUACACUAAAUUUGUAGCUGCUUAUUGGCGCAGUGUAGGGUUUUGCCGCAUAUGCGCAGUAGCCUCCCAAUGGUUAUGGAGGUGUAGUCAGCUGUGGCGACUCCGGCACAGCGAUGGAGACAAAGGUAAAUUUGAUUACCUUUUAACUUCACUCUGAGGGGGUCCAGCACCUAAAUAUUUACUCCAGCACUAUAGUGUAGAAAUACAUUUUUGUGUAGUGUUCCAUUAAGUCUAUAAGCUACAAUUUAUAUUAAGCUAGCUAUGUAUUUCUUCUCAUUUCUUUUGGAUUAUUUGCUAAAUGCUGCCAACAGAGGGCAUCGGUUUCUAACAAUAAUCUCUAAAAAGGAAAUGGAUUUCAGUUACAUGUUGGCUUAAAUCACAUUCUUGCAUUUGAAUGAGUUAAACAAUGUGUUGUAUUUUACAGUUACAUCCAUUGAAGGUUUACAUAUUCUCGGUAAGUAAAAUUGGACAUCGCUGCUGGAGGCAACUUUGAGGUAAGAAUGCCUUCAGGGGCUUUCUGGUACCAUAACAACUUAAUUUAGAUAAUGUUGUUCUGGUGCCUGGAGUGUCCCUUUAAUAUAUAACUGUGCUUGUUGUUAUAGCAUUUACUGUAGCAAAAAGAAAAAUUAUAAAAUACUAUCCUUAUGCAUUAUUGACCAAAUAUACUAAAGUACUGCAAUUACAGGCCUUGUUCUAAUAUUUUUAGAUUAUUAUUUUUUUAAUAUUACAAUUUAAAAUUAAUAUAUAUAUAUAUAUAUAUAUAUAUAUAUAUAUAUAUAUAUAAACAAAGAACAAAUGGAGCACUCCUCAGGGAUUUUUUUAAGGUGUAUUUUUUUAAGGGUCGAAACGUUGAUUGUUUAUUUCAAUAUACCUUAAAAAAAUCCCUAAGGAGUGCUCCAUUUGUUCUUUGUUUUUAUAUGCGCUGGAGGCACCCGUGUAAUCUUUGCUUCUAUAUAUUUUUUAUGGUGAGUGCCAGAGUUUGGUCUAAUAUAUAUAUAUAUAUAUAUAUAUAUAUAUAUUUUUUUUUUUUAUUAUUAUUGUUAUUAUUAUUUUUUUACAUUUUUUUUUUGCUGAUGAUGAUACUAAGAUAUGUAACAGGGUUGAUGUUCCAGGGGGGAUAAGCAAAAUGGCAAAUGAUUUAGGUAGACUAGAAAGAUGGACAGAGUUGUGGCAACUGGCAUUUAAUGUGGAUAAGUGCAAGAUAAUGCAUCUUGGACGUAAAAACCGAAGGGCAGAGUACAGAAUAUUUGAUAGAGUCCUAACCUCAACAUCUGAGGAAAGGGAUUUAGGGGUGAUUAUUUCUGAUGACUUAAAGGUAGGCAGACAAUGUAAUAGAGCCGCAGGAAAUGCUAGCAGGAUGCUUAGUUCUGUAGGGAGAGGUAUUAGUAGUAGAAAGAGGGAAGGGCUCAUGCCAUUGUACAGAAUACUGGUGAGACUUCACUUGGAGUAUUCUACGCAGAAGGAUAUUGUUACUUUGGAAAGAGUUCAGAGAAAGGCUAGUAAACUGGUUCAUGGAUUGCAGGAUAAAACGUACAAGGAAAGGUUAAAGGAACUUAACAUGUAUAGCUUGGAGGAAAUACGUGAUGGGGGGAUAUGACAGAAACAUUUACAUACAUAAAGGGAAUCAACACAGUAAAGGAGGAGACUAUAUUUAAAAGAAGAAAAACUACCACAACAAGAGGACAUAGUCUUAAAUUAGCAGGGCAAAGGUUUAAAAAUAAUAUCAGGAAGUAUUACUUUACUGAGAGUGUAGUGGAUGCAUGGAAUAGCCUUCCAGUUGAAGUGGUAAAGGUUAACACAGUAAAGGAGUUUAAGCAUGCGUGGGAUAGGCAUAAGGCUAUCCUAACUAUAAGAUAAGGCCAGGCACUAAUGAAAGUAUUUAGAAAAUUGGGCAGACUAGAUGGGCCGAAUGGUUCUUAUCUGCCGUCACAUUCUAUGUUUAUAUAUCUGGAAAGCUUUACAGUGCUAUAUAUAUAUCAAUGAAUUAAAAUAUUUAAAUAUGUUUUCAAAAUGUUAAAUAAUAAAGUUUAGCCAGAAAUAUUAAAUCAUAUCCAAAAACAUUAAGUUGAAAUACUAUUAAUUAGUUUCUAUCAUCAAUUUCUCUACAAUCUAUCCCUUUGUCUAUGGUAUGGAUCAAAUUUAUGAAAUAUAUUUUGAGGAGAUUAAAUAUGUUAUUAAAGGCCUUAAGAAUGGGAAAGCUCCUGGAGUUGAAGUUCUGCAAUAUUUUGGCCCCUCGUUUGUAAUGCUUGAUUAAUGAUUUGUUUUUGUUUUUUUGUGGCGAGAAGAUUACUAAGGAGUUUUUGGAAGCCACCAUUUUUGUCAUUCCUAAAGAAGACAAAGAUCCCUUUAGGUGUUCUAGUUUUUGCCCUAUAUGAUCAAUUAAAUUUAAUAUCAAAAUCAUUGUGUAAAUUUUAGAAAAUUUGAGUCUUCUUCUUCCUGAGAUCCAGACCAGGUUUAUUUUAUUCUUAAUAGGGAGGCUCUAGACACACUUAAAAGAGUGCUAGACCUACUAGAUUUAUCUAAUGUACUGGAAACUGAUGGUGCUUUUAGGCCUUGAUGCACAAAAGACAUUUGUCAAAGUGGAAUGUUAGUCCUUCCUCUGGAAAGCUUUACAGUGCUUCAGGCUUCUGGCAAGGUUCAUAACGGCAAUCCAAAACUUGGACAGUAGCCUGACUGCUAAGGUUUUAUUUUUGGUGUUUCCCCAAUGAACAUUGUUAAUGGUACAAGACAAGGAUGCCCCUUAUCCCUUCUUCUCUUUACUCUUUAUAUAGAACACCUAGUACAAGCAAUUUGUGAAAACACACACAUGUCUGGUAAACAAUAAGGAGAUUUAUACAGUGAGCUUGUUUGCAGAUUAUAUCCUCUUAUCACUUUCAAGAAUUGUCCUUACUUAUUUAUUAAGUACCAUAUAUUUAUUCUCCAAAUUCUACAAUCAGGAUAUAAACUAAACACGUCCAAAAGUGAGGGAUUGAAUUUUGGAGCUGGUGUUUUUCUUUGGAUUUCACAGUGGGUUUAAGGAAAUGUUUGUAUCUAGGUGUUUGUAUUACCCCUCGAUGAGAGAAACUAUAUAGCGCAAACUUCACUAUGCGUCUAGGGUGAAAUUUGUCCCAGAGGAUCAGCAUAAACAUGCAUUAUUCAUUAAAACUAUGCUACAGUUUUGUGUCAGUUGGAAGUAAGACAAGAGUCUUAACUGCAAAUUCCCACAACAAAGAGGAGGUCUGGGGGUUCCUGACCUUAUGCUAUUUUGUAUCGCAACUUGCAUAGGUGUUGAGGUGGAGCUUACUUAGGGGUACAUUGGGUAGACAUUGAGAAUUGAUUUGUCUCUUUCCUGACUUGUCUUGUCAGGUCUACUAUGGACUUCUGUAGGAAAACUUAUGAUUAGUACCGUUUUACCAAACACUGUUUUUGCUUAUAAACUCUGAAGAAAGUGCUCAUGUAUUGAUGACAUGUCCUCUUAAGGCUCUCCUUUGACCCCUUUUAUAUAAACCCAAAUUUCUGUUUUAAGAUGUAACAGAGCCAUAUUAUUUUUCAGUGGUGGUGGGAAUGUAAACUGUUCAUGGAAGUCAAUCGACAUUUAGGUGGAAUGGUCAAGAGGGAAGAAGCCUUUCAUGACUAACGUGGACUUCUAUCAUCACAGAUAGACAAUUUCUUGUUUACUGUAGACUUCUUAAAGAAAGCCUUAGGACAAGAUCUCUUCAAUGCAACAUUACAAACUCUCACCUUUUUAAAUACAACCCAUUGGAUGGAGGCUCCAUAUCAGCUAUCUAUAGAUUUUUACAUUCUAAUAAAACAAAGAAGAAAGGGAAUUAUCAGUUGCUGUAAGAACAUGGUCUGUGCAUUAGAGUUACAGAUAAGGAUUGGUCUACAUUUUUUAGUUAUUCGGUUAAAGUAUCUAUUUGUUCAUUUCUAAAGGAAAAUGGUCUGAAAUGUUUUGUGAAGUGGCAUUAAUAUGCUGUUGAAGUAAGCCAUAUCUAUCCCUACUGCUCCCCUUUUUGUUUAAGGAAUAGUGGGAAAAGAGGUGACUUUUUCACAUGUGGUGGGCCUGCCCAACUGUGUCUGUUUUCUGGAUGCAUGUUUUUAGGGCUCUUAAGUGACAUACUUAGUGUCCAUUAGCUCGGACAUGUGGCCCUAUUGAAUGUUUACUAUCAAGCAACUCUACUCAAUAAUCCAAUAUUACAUUAAAAUUUGGUGUUCCUGACAGUCUUUUCUUGCCUCUCAAGCUACUUCUUAGAUGCUUUCUGGACCACUGCAAUUUUGUUACUUUAAUUGUGUUCUGUUUAACAGCUUUUUUUCCAUUCUGUUCUAAUUUAUCUAUUUACUUUUCAACCAUUAGUUCCACAGGUAUUAAUAUAAUGAAAAUAUGGAGAGACCUGUCUCUCCUUCACCUACUGGUGGAGGAGGUAAAUAAAAUUAUGGUUGUUCAAUUAAUAAAGGUGCCAUCUCUUUAGUGGUGGAGUGGGGCUUGUAUUCCCUAUAGUGCUGGGUAAGGACCUGUAACUUGUGGCAUGUCAGGUGUGGGUUAGGGGAGGAAUUUAUCUUUCCGAUAAUUAUAAGGGGACUUGAACCCUAUAUUGACCCCAUAAUGUUUUUUUCUUUGUAUUGUGGCACCUGGCUAGAGGUCACAUCACUCAACCCUUACAGUGAAGAGGGUGUUUAGCUCUGUGCAAGCCAAAGGUGAUUUGCUGUGCUAGAUCUGAAAUAGACUUGUGCACAAAUCCUUUUCAGGAAAUUUGUGUUAAUAUAUGCCUGAAGGAACCAAUCUAUCUGACUCCACAGGUAGAUCCUAGGACCGAUCGAUAUGUUCAGCAUAGAUUAACAGGAAUUUGAUUAAUUCAAUGCAACUGAAAAGGAUUUGUGCACAAUUAUAAUAUCAGGUGUUUGUUAAAGGGUUACUCCAAGUACCAUUACCACUACAGACAAUUUAAGUGGUCAUGCUGCAAUAAUUCUAUAUGUGCAGUGCUUCGCUAGGAAACUCUGCACAGAAGGAGAUUACCACUCUGCUCCUGGAGAUGCAAUUCCACCUCCAGCAGCAUUAUUGGGAAGUCAUCUGCCAGCCCAGAACUAGAGUUCCAGGCUGACUAAUGUCAAUUAUGUGCAUAUUUCUAUGCACAGAAUUGCAAUCAUUAGCUGAGAAUGAUCAGCUGACGCUUUCAGACAAUGUUUGGCGGCAUCCGACUCUGCAGCUCUGCAGAAGCUGAAUGCAUGUCACAGACAGCCAUAGAGUAGACCUAGCACCCAACAGGACCAGGUAAGAUGUCAAACCAUUGCAAAAUAGGAAUAGCAGGCUGUAGUGAUUAUGAUGCUUGGAUUGACCCUUUAAAUAUACUUGCUAUAGGAUUCACAUGUAAGAUAUCUGAUAUAUUUAAACAAAAAACCCUCUUUACAGAGGUGAUGGGUGAAACUAUUCAGUGCCUAAAAUACAAAGCAGCUCAAACACAUAAAGUGGAAUAUCCUUAUUUCCACAUUAAAUUAACAAUAUAUAGAAAUGUAGUGUAAAAUACAUCACCUAGUGGAGCGCUAAUACAAAUAUAAGUGAUAGAGGGGUUCACUUACCCCAACAAUUUUGUGUUGUCUUAACUAGGUGAGCAUAACAUUUACCACCUAUAUAUAAUCUGCCUGUUAGCACAUAUGCACAGGGGUGUGUUGCUGCCCAAAGAGCUCAUAGGCUUACGCACGGAGCCAAUAUUAUAUAGGCUCCAGACCAUGUGAGUGGUUUCAGUUUUUUACUUUCAUCACUCAUUUUCACCAAAACCAUCUACACUACAUGUUUUUUAUCUCUUUUUUUCCCUUCAUUGUAUGUUUAAAAUCAUAUUCCUGAAUUUAAGACAACACAAAAUUGUUGGGGUAAGUGAACCCCUCUAUCACUUAUUUUUGUAUUAGCGCUCCAAUAGGUGGUGUAUUUUACACUACAUUUCAAGAUAUAUGAUAUACUUCAUAGAGGAUUCUCAUUUGAAAAUGACUGGUUUUAAAUAAAUCGUACUACCUAAGAUGUGUUCAUUCGGUAAAAAUAACCUGAUUUCUAUAAAAUUUAUACUUUGCAAAUAUCGAAAUUGUAGAAAUAAUCUGGUGCUUUUCAUUGGAUUUUCUAUAUCCAAACUACAUUCAGUCUUUAGUAAAUUACUCUGUUAGUCACUGACCUGUGAAUACAAGUUUAUUUCCUUUUUGUAAUGAUAUACCAUUUCUAAUGCUGUAAAUAUCUGUACCCUCAAUAUCAACCUAUUAUUGAAAGGUGCCCCAAAUAUCUUCAUUUUAAAUAAAUACAUGUAAAUUGUACAGUAGACUGUCCUGCCUGUCCAUCUUCUAUGAUGCAUAUGUUUACAAUAGAACACAUUUCUACAUGUACAUCUUCUUAUAGAAUGUUUCCACCUAAACAUAGGUUCUGACAUCAUUGUGAAGAUUAAGUCUGCUGAUAUUGACCUUGAACUGAAGCUUCCAUUUGGUUCCCACACCCAGGAAUUUCUGCAAAGAGUCAACUUUUCUCUAGAAGGUAACAAAAGUGACUUUGAAAAGUCAACCCCAGAAACUUUUAACCCGCUUCAUGACGUAGGCUAA